AUGGAACCAAGAAUAAAAAAUGCUGUUGAACGAUUGGAUCAUCUUUAUCAACGACUUGUUAAUUAUAAACCAUUACUCGAUCAAAAUGUUUUAAAUGCUGAAUUUGAAAUAAGAGCAAAUUUUAAAAAUUUAAUAGAAUUAUUAAGUAAACGACAAUCAAAUCUACUUAUUCAAUUGCAUAAUAUUGCCAAAGAGAAAUCUAUCCUCAUUGAAAGUAAUAAACAAACGGUUGAAUCUUUAAGAAGUGUUUUACUACAAUCAUGUGUUACCAGAAAUGAAAUCGAUACAAAAAUUGGUGAUUAUGUUAGACGAGCUGAAUCAAUUAAUUUAACAUCAGAUUUAACACCAUUUAUUGCUUUCCAUAUUGAGAAUAUACAAUUAAAUGAAAUUAUUUCAACAUUUGGUCGACUUGCAUCUAGAUAUCCUGGUCACUUUGCUGAUCCAAAUAAACCUUCAGUAUGUUUACCGCAAUUAUUUGAAGAAGAAGAACAGAUAAGAAUUGGGAAUUCAACUCUUUCUUCUACUGUAUUCAGUCGUGUUCAACCAUUAUGUAUAUGCAAUGAUCCAACAUUAAAAAAAUGGUUAUCAUUAACAGAACAUAAAUGCAAACGAAGAACUUCAUCCGAUUCUUUAAGUAAUAUAGAUACAAUGAAAGAAGAAGAGGAUGGGAUGAGUUUCACUUCAAAAAAUGAUUAUUUCUGGUUUAGUAAAUUGUCUGAAAAAGGAUCAGUACAAGAUAAUUUCGAAUCCAGUAUUUCACAAUCAGCAGCUGUACGUGUACCAUGUUGUCAGCCACACUCUACACUUGUCCGUACAUGGCUUGAAUUACGAGAUGAUAGUCAACCACUGA